UUCUCUCUCUUUCUCUCUCUCUCUCUCGCUGAACACAGGCCUUAAAAUAUGCUUUUCUCCCCCAUGAUCUCUCUUCAGCCCUAAUAGAGUAGGGUAGUGGGAGUAGUGGUAUAUGUGAGUUAGGUUAGUUAGUAAGAGGCUUGUUGUAUGUUUACUGGCUUAUUAGUGAACUCAUGACGCACUGCAGCAGUAGUUAAUGAAAGCGGGUUUUUUUUACCGGUUUCUAUUCUAAAACCAUGUAUAGAGACGGAGUGCUGCACAAGAAGAACAGAAAAGACUUUAUACCUUAUUUUCUAGGACUAGUUUCAGUUUUCUAUUGCACGGUUCAUCUUGUGUCUUUCACUGCAGCAGCAGCUCAGGAGGACUCCCGUUCCAACAGAGUGCGCCGGGCGCUAGAGAAUGAGACAGAGUGUAUUACAACGCAGUCGUCUGAGUUUCCAGAGGGGUUCUUCACACUACAGGAGAGGAAGGAUGGAGGACUCCUCAUACACUUUAUGAUCAUAUUUUACAUGCUGCUGGCAGUUGCAUUAGUCUGUGACGACUACUUCCUACCUUCUCUAGAACUUAUCAGUGACCGUCUGGGUCUAUCUCAGGACGUAGCAGGAGCCACCUUUAUGGCAGCAGGCAGCUCUGCUCCUGAAAUGGUCACUGCCUUUCUGGGUGUGUUUGUGACAAAGGGAGACAUCGGUGUGAGCACCAUCGUAGGAUCAGCUGUCUACAACCUCCUGGGGAUCUGUGCUGCUUGUGGACUCCUGACCAAAGUGGUGGGUCGUCUGACCUGUUGGCCUCUGUUCCGGGACUGUCUAGCUUACGCCAUCUCUAUCUCUGCUGUUAUAGCCAUCAUUUCAGACAACAAAGUCUACUGGUAUGAUGCAGCCUGUCUGUUGCUGGUCUAUGGGGUGUACAUCGUAGUGUUGUGUUUUGACCUGAGGAUCAGUGAGUGUGUUCUGAGGAGGUUCAGCCCCUGCUGUACUUGCCUGGGGAAAGGUUCCGGGGAUCACAGCGAGACACAGCCAUUGGUCGACACCACUCUGAGGGUCCACAGACGUUCUAGAAGCGACAGCGGAAUCUUCCAGGAUGAUUCAGGAUACUCACACAUUUCCCUCAGUCUGCACGGCCUGAAUGAGAUACCAGAGGACCACAAGAGUGUGUUCUCAAUGCCAGAGAAUGACCUGAAGCGAAUCCUGUGGGUGCUGUCCCUCCCGGCCAUCGUGAUUCUCUACCUGACGAUUCCAGACUGCAGGAGACGGUUCUGGAAAAAAUGGUUCAUGUUCACCUUCUUUAUGUCCGCUGUCUGGAUCUCUGCCUUCACAUAUGUACUGGUCUGGAUGGUCACUAUCGUAGGAGAGACUCUGGGUAUCCCAGACACAGUGAUGGGCCUGACUCUGUUAGCUGCAGGGACCAGUAUACCAGACACAGUGGCUAGUGUCAUGGUCGCCAGAGAAGGUAAAGCCGACAUGGCCAUGUCCAACAUCGUGGGUUCUAAUGUGUUUGACAUGCUGUGUCUGGGUCUUCCCUGGUUCAUUAAGACAGUGUUUGUGGACACGGUCAACCCUGUGGAGGUCAACAGCACCGGUCUGGUUUUCAUCUCCGCCACCCUCCUCCUCUCCAUCGUCUUUCUCUUUGUGGCAGUCCAUAUAAACGGCUGGAAGCUGGACUGGAAGCUGGGGAUCGUCUCUCUGUUCUGCUAUGUUGUUUUUGCCACUCUGGCCAUCCUCUACGAACUGGGCAUCAUAGGGAACAACCCUGUCAGACUGUGCGGCGACUGAUACACUGAUAAACACGCAGAGACCUACAAUAACACACACAGUAGCACACACACAGCGCUGCUGCAGGCUGCACUCAUCAGACUGUGUAGUGGCUGAGUGGCAGCGAUGGAGUCCACACUGCAGCCCUCCCCAGAACCAGACCACCCAGAACCAACCUCUUGACACUCAGACCAUUUAUACAGAACCCAAAUACAAGGUCCAGAUUCACAGAGUCUCAGAGUAAGAGUACUGAUAUAGGAUCAGGUCCACCGUGUCCAUGUCCUCUUAUUCAUUAUGAUCUAAAUCAGUGGUAUUCGAAGUCGGGUCGCGACCCCACUAGCAGUUGGUUUUGUGGAAAGAUUAGGAGUGUUGGAACACCAAAUUCAAAUACAUAAAAAAAUAUAUAUAGAUUUACAAAAAAAAACAGUAUAAAUUAUUGUAUGGGAGACUAUACAAACAUUUUUG